AUGCAGUUUGAAAUUGAUAUUCCCUUCAACACGACAACAAACAAAUAUGACAUUGAAAAGCUAGUCUUUCACUUUUUACAAGGCGGUGUGGUAUCUCGUCCAACAUUAUUUCUGUUACUUGAAAAGUGUAAAACGCUUUUCCGGAGUGAGAAGAACAUGAUAGAAGUAUCCGACGACGCAUUGAUCUUUGGUGAUUUUCAUGGGCAAUACCUCGACUUCUUAGGUGAGUUACAGUCGAACAAAGAAAAGAUAACGACGGCGUACACGACCAUCUUUCUAGGUGAUUACGUUGAUCGGGGUGAUAUGUCGACGGAGUUACUUAUAACACUUCUCUGUAUGAAAUACAACACACCGACCACUAUAAUUAUGUUACGUGGUAACCACGAGAGUAUGAUGAUGUCAUCCACAAUGGGCUUUCUUCAAGAAUGCAAAUCAAAAUAUACCAACACGGUCCACGCAAGCUUCUGUGACCUUUUUAAUACACUUCCGCUCUGUGUUUUGUUACGAAGGAAGAUGGGGAACUUCUUUUUAUGUCAUGGCGGGAUCUCCCCCGAUUUGGGACUUAUCAGUGAAAUCGAUGCCAUCAAUCGCUUUCGCGAACCCCCGAACGAUGGCGUGUUCUGUGACUUGUUAUGGAGCGACCCCAUCUCCGACGCUUUUUUGAACUCGCGCCCAUCCUUCAAAAAUAAUUUCGACAAAAUCGACUUUCUGACUAACACGGAGCGGGGCACGUCUUACAUCUUUGGGUUUGACGCCAUCGAUAAGUUCUUAACUAAAAAUCAGGUUGUGAUGUUGAUACGAGGACAUCAAUGUUGUCAGAGUGGAAUCGAUUUAGGGAUGUAUGGCAAUGAGACUAUGGAAUAUCCGCUCUCAAUGACUAUAUUCAGUGCAAUUGACUAUUUCCAGAAGAACCAAGGCUCUUGUGUAUUAGUCACCGAUGACGAUUUUAAUAUCUUCAACUUUAACACAACGACUAAAAUGAAGUUAAAUCCAGUACUAGCAAAUCCUUUAUUCUCGUCCCUUGUAUCGAUCUUUGGGAAUAUAGAGAGUGGGUUAAAGGACUUAAUAAAGUCUGCAUUUCUUAUCAACGAUAUUGAAGAAGUGGACUACAAUUGCACUGGAAGUCCACACAAUGAGAUGGAACUUGAAGUGAAAGAGGAGUUCCACUCGAUCUUUGACCAAACUCUAAUACAACCACAAAGAAUAGUUAAUGUCCCCUUUGAAAUUAAAUACGACACUCUAGAAGAGGAGGAAGAUGACACACAAGCUUUCUCCUUGUUUAAAUCAUUCGACGCUUCAGUGGGAAGAAGUAAACAUGAACACAUCAAUUUGUUUGCUUCAAUAUCAACACAGGAACCAACACGAUGUUUGUUUUGUGAUACCAUUUUAAAGCCAUUGGGAUGA